UGCAUUCACCAUAAUGCGCGGGAAUGAUCUACGAUGCAUUCAAUGAGGAAAGUGUGAAAUAGGAAGACAAUGCAAGCUUUCUUAAAAACAGGGAAAUUAGGUCCUGAAGGGUCUAAAAAACCUUCGACUUCACGCACAAAGGAAAAACGCAGUGCUCCUCCACCGCCAUGGGUAGAAAAAUAUCGUCCAAAAACUGUAGAAGAUGUCGUUGAACAAGCAGAAGUUGUGGAGGUGUUACGACAAUGUUUAAGCGGUAGUGACUUUCCAAAUUUAUUAUUUUAUGGACCACCCGGCACUGGCAAAACAAGUACAAUACUAGCAGCGGCUAGACAAUUGUUUGGUAGCUUGUACAAAGACAGGAUAUUAGAAUUAAAUGCUUCUGAUGAAAGGGGUAUCCAAGUGGUAAGGGAUAAGAUUAAAACCUUUGCACAACUUACAGCAGGUGGCAUGAGGGACGAUGGAAAACGAUGUCCACCUUUCAAAAUUAUUAUUUUGGACGAAGCAGAUAGCAUGACCGCCGCGGCACAAGCAGCUCUCCGUCGCACCAUGGAGAAGGAAUCUCACAGUACUCGUUUUUGUUUAAUUUGUAACUAUGUAUCAAGAAUUAUAGAACCGCUCACUUCGCGUUGUACGAAAUUCAGAUUCAAACCACUGGGAGAAGAAAAAAUUAUUGAAAGAUUGGAAUAUAUAUCUAACGAAGAAGGUUUAAAAGCCGGCAAGCCUGUUUUGUUAAAAAUCGUCGAAGCCUCGGGUGGAGACAUGAGACGAGCCAUCACGUGCCUGCAGUCUAUAACUAGAUUAAAGGGCAAAGACAUUGAAAUUACCAUUGAUGACAUUGUGGAAAUUAUUGGGAUUGUUCCUGAUAAGUGGAUUGAUGAAUUAAUGGAAGUAUGUAAAACAAAGGAUUAUAGUAAGGCAGAAGCAUUUAUUGACACGUUUAUGUUAGAAGCAUAUGCCGCGUCACAAGUAAUCGAACAGCUUAGCGAGAGGAUUAUAUAUUCUAACGAGUUUACAGACAGACAAAAAGCUUUAAUCGCGGAUAGACUCGGAGAGUGUAACUACAGACUGCUAGAUGGAGGGAGCGAGUACAUACAACUUAUAAAUCUUUGUUGCGGCAUUAUAAAGGCUUACGAAUUAGAAUAGACGUUUAUCGCAAUUAGGUAUAUAAGGAAUUUUUUAAACUUUUUCUAUCUCAAUAAAUAUUUAUUAUGUUUCUACAA